GAAUGGCUGGGUGGAAGAGGGCAGCGGGGCCCAUGGGGUGGAGGCGAGGGAGUCGGGGAGCUGCAGGGUCUGCGUCCGCCUCCGCGGUCACUACGAGGUCUGGGGGGCAGGGGCAAAGCCCGGGCUCCCUCUGGGCCCCCCGGGGGGUGCAGGCGUAGGUCAGGACCCGUGGCCGUGCCAGGCCCUGCUCCGCUUCAGGGGCCACGUGCCCAGGCCCAGGCCUCAACACCUGCCUGCGGCGGGGGGCCCUUCCCUGCACCCCCUGGGCCGCUGGGCGCCAGGCGGGCGUAGCAGGGCGUGCUGCGGUUUCGGUUCCUCGCCGCAGCCCUUCCUCUGCUACCCGCCUGGCACAGGGGUGCCCGGGGGUGCCAGGCUCGGGGGAGGCCGGAGCCCCAACCCCCGCCCCGCCUAUUGGCGGCUGCUGUGAGCUGAGACCGGACACACUCAUCUCCCCCCACGCGCCGCGGGGAGCCGCUGACGUCAGCCCCCCACUAUGCAAAUGAAUCCCCCUCGCCUCCACCUAUCAGGCAGAAGCAGGCGGGGCCUCGCGCUCCUUCCUCUCCCCUUUCCUUGACUCUCCCCCGUCCGCCCACGGAAUGCAAAUAAGCCCCCCAGCCCCACGCUCCGAUUGGCUGGCCCGCGCCCCGCCCUUUUCCUGGCCUGGCCCCGCCCAUUGGCUGGGGCCGGGCGUGCCGCGGCAGCGAGGAUCGGCGCCGGGUCGGUGGAGGGGGGCGGGGGAAGAGAGGAGGGGGGGAUGCCGGCUCCUGAUUGGCUGCGCGCCGCGUUCCAGGCCCCGCGGAUUGGCCCCUGAGGAGCGGCGCCAUGCUGAACAAGGGCGUCAAGCGCAAGCGCGGCACCGCAGAGAGCGCAGGGCCGGAUGCCCCCGCGUCCCCCGCCGCCCCGGCCACCUCCCUCUUCAGCCUGUCCGUGGUCAAGCUGCACCGGAGCCUGCGGCACGUGGAGCCCGACCUGCGGCCCCUGGUGCUCGUGACCAACGCCCUGCGGCGCCUCCAGGACCAGAUGCAGACGGAGGCUGCGGCGCCCGAGCCCCCUGGCACUGUCCUACGUUGCCCCGCCGCCCCGCCGGAUGGCUCCGGCGCCCUCCCAGACUGCCCCACAUGCCCACUGGAUGGCUCCGGCGCCCCCUUGGACAGCUCCGGCGCCCUCCCAGACUGCCCCACGGGCCCUCUGGACAGCUCCGGCGCCCCCUUGGACAGCUCCGGCACCCUCCCAGACUGCCCCAUGGGCCCACUGGAGGGCUCUGGCGCCCCCUUGGACAGCUCCGGCGCCCUCCCAGACUGGCCCACGGGCCCACUGGACGGCUCCAGCGCCCCCUUGGACAGCUCUGGCAUCCUUCUCGGCACAGGGCCUGCCAUGCUGCUCCCCAGCCUGGACGUCUCGCUCGGCUCGUCCGUCUCGGGGCUCCUGGGGGACUUGGAGCCGGCGGGCAGCCUGGUCCCGGCGCUGUGGGGCGCAGAGUGCGGGGCACGGGCACUGCUGGCCCCUCUGCCGGACGAGGGGCUGGAGGGCGUCUUCGAGGACAUCGACACCUCCAUGUAUGACGGCGAGCUGUGGGCACCUGCCGGCCUCAAGGCCUUGGCGCCGGCGCCGGGCGAGGACGAGGCGGCGCCGGGCCCUGAGGACGGGGGCCUGGACAUCAAUGACCUGGACUUGCUCAUGGAUGUGCUGGUGGGCCCACGGGGGCUCUGAGCCCGCUCCCAGGCCUGGCAGGCCGGGGGGGUCUUGGGCAGUUUGCCCCCCCCAGGCUGCAGAGCCGCAGGCAAUGAAAUGGUUAAUGUCUGA